UAAAAAAACAAAGACAUGAGUGAAUGAAAAGAGGAUUCGGUUUUGGAGCGCUUCUCAUUUCCUUCCGCAACUGUAACCCUCUCUUGCAGCCGCCACUCUCACUCCCCACCCUCCUUCGCGCCGUCAGAUCUCUUUCUUCUCCGCCUUCCUCCGCCGCAGCCAUGACCGGAGCUGGGAGUCUCGAUGUGGAGUGGCCGGCGAAGCGCGUCAGGGACACUUUCAUCAGCUUCUUCGAAGAUAAAAAUCACGUCAACUGGAAGUCCAGCCCCGUCGUUCCCUUCAACGACCCCACUCUUCUCUUCGCCAACGCUGGUAUGAACCAGUACAAACCAAUUUUCUUGGGAACUGCGGAUCCUAACACUGCCUUGAGCAAACUCUCUCGUGCCUGCAAUACGCAGAAGUGCAUACGAGCAGGUGGUAAACACAAUGAUCUUGAUGAUGUAGGAAAGGAUACCUACCAUCACACCUUUUUUGAGAUGUUGGGCAAUUGGUCCUUUGGGGAUUACUUUAAAGAAGAAGCCAUUAGCUGGGCAUGGGAGCUUCUAACCAAAGUUUAUAAAUUACCAUCAGAUCGCAUUUACGCGACAUAUUUCGGUGGUGAUGAUAAGUUUGGUCUGGCCCCUGAUUUUGAGGCUAGAGAUAUAUGGCUAAAGUUUUUGCCUCCUGGACGUGUGCUUCCUUUUGGCUGUAAAGACAAUUUCUGGGAGAUGGGUGAUACUGGUCCUUGUGGACCUUGCACUGAAAUACAUUUUGACAGAAUUGGUAACCGUGAUGCUGCAUCAUUGGUUAAUAAUGAUGAUCCUACCUGCAUUGAGAUAUGGAACCUUGUCUUUAUUCAGUUCAAUAGGGAGGCUGAUGGCUCUCUUAAACCUCUUCCUGCAAAGCACGUUGAUACAGGCUUGGGUUUUGAACGUCUGACCUCCAUACUACAGAACAAAAUGAGCAAUUAUGACACUGAUGUCUUCUUGCCUAUCUUCGAUGGUAUUCAGCAGGCAACUGGUGCCAGACCAUAUUCGGGGAAAGUUGGAGCAGAUGAUGUAGAUAAAGUUGACAUGGCAUACAGGGUUGUUGCAGAUCACAUAAGAACUCUUUCCUUUGCCAUUGCUGAUGGGUCUCGUCCUGGUAACGAAGGCCGUGAGUAUGUUCUGCGACGUAUACUCCGUCGGGCUGUUCGUUAUGGACGUGAAGUUCUAAAAGCGAAGGAGGGAUUUUUCAAUGGGCUUGUAAAUGUUGUGGUAAACGUGAUGGGCGAUGUUUUCCCUGAGCUAAAACAACAGGAAACGCAGAUUCGAAAUGUAAUUGAAGAGGAGGAGGAAAGUUUUGGAAGAACCUUAAUUAAGGGAAUUGAGAAAUUUGAGACAGCUGUUCGACAUGUUCAAGGAAAGAUACUGAGUGGGGAGGAAGCAUUUGUUUUGUGGGAUACAUAUGGGUUCCCAUUAGACCUCACACAGCUGAUGGCUGAAGAAAAAGGACUAGUUGUUGAUGUCAAAGGUUUCGAUAAUGCUAUGGAAGCUGCAAGAGAGAGAUCCAGAAGUGCUCAAACAAAGCAAGCUGGUGGUGCCAUUGUCAUGGAUGCUGAUGCAACGUCCUCAUUGCACAAAAGGGGCAUUGCCCCAACAGAUGAUAGCUUCAAAUAUACUUGGUUCAAGGACCAUGAAACUGUGGUAAAAGCAAUAUAUAUGGGUUCUGAGUUUGUUGAUACUGUUAAUACUGGUGAUGAUAUUGGUGUAGUUCUUGAAUCUACAAGCUUUUAUGCUGAGCAAGGUGGUCAGAUAUUUGAUACUGGAUCACUUGAUGGUCCACUUGCUUCAUUUGAAGUUCGUAAUGUUCAAGUUUAUGGAGGCUUUGUUCUUCACAUUGGUAAUGGGACUGGUAUCUCUGUUGGCGACAAAGUAGUAUGCAAGGUUGAUUAUGGAAGACGUGCCAUUAUAGCCCCUAACCAUACCUGCACGCACAUGUUAAAUUUUGCUCUUAGGGAAGUACUAGGGGAUCAUGUUGACCAGAAAGGUUCCAUUGUUCUUCCUGAAAAAUUGAGAUUUGAUUUUUCUCAUGGCAAGCCUGUUGAUGCUGACAAUUUAAGGAGAAUUGAAUCAAUUGUUAACGAGCAAAUUAAAGCUGAAUUGGAUGUAAGUGCAAAAGAGGUAACUCUUGCUGAAGCCAAGCGUAUCAAUGGUUUGCGAGCUGUUUUUGGAGAAGUCUAUCCAGAUCCUGUUAGAGUUGUGUCUAUUGGACAAAAAGUUGAGGAUCUCCUUUCUGACCCCGGGAAUGAAAAAUGGUUAUCUAUAUCUUCAGAAUUAUGCGGAGGCACCCAUAUUUCAAACACACGAGAGGCAAAAGCUUUUGCACUUUUAUCUGAGGAGGGAAUUGCAAAAGGCAUCCGCAGAAUAACAGCUGUCACAACUGAUCGUGCUUAUGAUGCAAUUAAAGUGGCUGAUGAAUUCGAGCAGCAAGUAGAUGAUGCGGCUAAAUUAGAAAGAGGUUUGCUUGAAGAGAAAGUUUCAUCAUUGAAAAGCAAUGUUGAAACUUUAUCAAUUCCUGCUGCCAAGAAAGCUGACAUCAAGACCAAGAUAGCCCAGCUUCAGGAUCAAGUGAGAAAAGCACAAAAGCAGGUUGCUGAGGAAAAUAAGCGUAAAGCUGUAACGAUUACAAUUGAGAAGGCUGAACUUGCUGCUUCAAAUGGGAAAACUUUUUGCAUAUCUCGUGUUGAUGUUGGUCUGGAUGUGGCUGCAGUUCGUGAGGCUGUUACCAAAGUCGUGGACCAGAAGGGCUUAUCUGUGAUGGUUUUUAGCACAGAUGAAGCUACAAACAAGGCUGUAGUUUGUGCUGGGGUGCCAGAAAAAGGAGAUAAAGGUAAGCUGGACGUGGGAGAGUGGCUGAGUAAUUCUUUGGGGCCUCUAAAAGGGAGAUGUGGCAAGGGAAAAGGUGGUCUUGCAACGGGACAGGGUACAGAUGCAUCACAUGUAAACGAGGCUAUUGAUCUUGCAGAAAACUUUGCGUCAAUGAAAUUGAGUUAAUAAUUGUGUAACAUGAUACAGUGGAUUUUCGUUUGGUAUAAUCAUACAGAAGGGAAGGGCACUUGGAAGUAAUUAUUAGAUCCCGGAUGAGUUGAACAAAUUUCUAAUUUAGUGCCUGAAUAUUCUUUUGAUACAUAUUAGUUUUUUGGUUUAUAAAGAUCACAAAUUGUUCCACAAUACAGUUGCAAUUACUCUGAUAGAUUAUCAACAUGUGAAAUUUUAAAUUGUGACCAUUUCGAAAGCAUU